AUGGCUCAGCUAUCCCGACCACCACUUCUCCAUCCUCGCUCUCUCAGAUUGCGCCGCGUCCGAGAACAGGGUCGCACCUUUUACCUCGCCUUUCUAGUCCUUACCAUCCUUCUCUGUUAUAGUUACCUCCGAGAUUUCUAUCAACAAGAUGAUGCACCCCAGGAGCUGCUCGCGCGAUCAUCCGACUCCCCAAACCUCGAGUGUCGCAUGGUCAAGAAGGCCCAAGACCAAUGCUCCUUUGUGAAAGAGAAUUGUCCUGAUGAAGAGGCCGGCCUCGUAUCUUACCUUCAGUUCUACUACUGCUCCUCCCCCGCCACGCGACCUUUCGCAAUAGCCCUCAUCAUCCUCUGGACUUGCCUCCUAUUCACAAGCAUUGGCCUGGCUGCUUCCGACUUCCUGUGCGUCAACCUGAGCACAAUAGCCAGCAUUCUCCACAUGAGCGAGAGUCUCACCGGUGUGACGUUCCUCGCUUUUGGAAACGGAAGUCCCGAUGUCUUUUCUACCUUUGCCGCCAUGAAAUCAAAUAGUGGGAGUUUGGCUGUUGGAGAAUUGAUUGGUGCUGCUGGUUUCAUCACCGCCGUCGUCGCUGGUUCCAUGGCCAUCGUAAAUCCUUUCCAGGUCGCCCGCAAGAGUUUCCUUCGCGAUGUUGGCUUCUUCGUCGUCAGUGCCUCCUUCAGCUUGGUCUUUUUGGCCGACGGGAGUUUGCGCUUGUGGGAAUGCGCUGUUAUGGUCGCCUACUAUGCCUUUUAUGUCGUGUUCGUCACCUGUUGGCAUUGGUAUCUGGGCCGCCGCCGCACGAAGCGCCAGGCAGAGAACAUGGCUAGACUCCAUCAUCACAUCCCGGACCACCAAGAGCUCGAAUUCCCCGACUUAGAUGAUGACGAAGAGUCACGUCCUGCUAGUGAGCGGGCAAGCUUGCUCAGGAGCCACUCCGGAGAGAGCGUCCAUACUCUUCAUACACCCAACACCCCCGCCUGGAGACUAGAAGACCUCGAUGAUGAUGAUCAAGUCCGCGAUCGCUAUCUUGCGACCUUACGCAGUCAAAUGAGGGUUAGUCGUCCUGCCCGUGGUGAAAGAAGGAAUACCAUCACCCCGAUCCGACCCAGCUUGAUCGGUGCUUUGGAGUUCAGGUCAAUCAUGAGCUCCCUUGAAAAGAAAGGCACCAAUAUCCCACUGAGUCCUCGGAGGUAUUCCGAUGAUGCCAAUGCACUUUCGUCUCCUGGUCCCAUUAGUGCUCCUCCUACAGCAUCAUACCCCGAACUGGUCACUCCGGGCUAUCUUGAUGCAAGCAGUGCCGCCGGGUCAGGCAAUCGGAUAAGAGCGGUGUCAGCAAACGACGCCUCGAGACUUCGGAUUGACACCAAUUUUCUGUCAGACCACAUUUCAGAAUCAGCUCUCAGCAGCCAUGGUUCAUCCUCACCUGGUCAAGCGCCCAGUGCCUCAAGGCCAAGUGCGGCCCUGCUAGCCACUCUCAACGACGCUUCUGCUCAGAGACCACCUUCUCCCAAGCUCGUCUUGUCUCCUUCUGAUCCCCAGGCAGCAUCUGAAGACAGGAUCCCGUCAUUUGAUCCUCCAAAAUCGCCCAAUUUUCUAGCCCCCCCACCUUCCACCUUUCGUCGGCCAGACUAUUUUGGGCAAGGAAGUGACGACGGUAAAAGUCCAGCCCUUUCACCGCGGUCAGGACCGACUUUACAAGUUCCAACCUUACAUACUCCACACCCAGAUCAUUCUCGAGGGAUUCUGCACCAAGAAGACUUUCCUCCGUAUGUUGAUUCUCCCAAUAUGAUGACACCUCUCUCCUCGCGUCCACCCAGCGUCCACCAUCUUGCCGCGAGCAUAUCCCCUGAGUCCGUCCACCACCUUGGGCUGUUACCGGACGAAGAGGAAGAACCACUACGUACCUUUGCCUGGUGGCCAUAUAAGUAUCUCCCGGCGCCUCAGACCAUAGUAUCGAUCUUGUUUCCCACACUCUACGAGUGGCGUAAAAAGUCAGUGGUGGAGCGGCUAUUAGGCAUUCUCACCAGCCCCACUCUGUUUCUUUUCAGGGUAACCCUUCCAGUCGUGGAACCUAAGGAGGAGGAGGGGCAACCCGAGCUCGAUAUUGGUGUACUAACCCCUGGGGGCGGCUAUAGAAGUCGUUCGCAAAGUCGAGUGGGAUUGCCUGCUGAUGCUCCAACUACCUCACCCAAAAUUCCAACGUUUGACGCACCUCUUCAUCCUCAUGCAUCCUUGUCGCGGCAGGGGCCGGAUCUCUCGAAAACACCAGUCAAGAACCUCGAUGAGAGCUCGGGAGAUGGAGAUUGGAACCGAUGGCUUUUAAUUGUGCAAGCCUUCACUGCUCCACUCUUCAUCGUGACCGUCGUUUGGGCCAACAUGGAAGAAGAUUAUUCACUCAAGCUUUAUAUACGACUAGUUCUCGGCUCGUUGGUGUUUUCUCUUGUGAUGCUUCUCAUCCUUCUCGCUACCACCACUCCAGACCGAGAACCAAAGUACCGAUCUGUGUUUUGCUUCUUGGGCUUCUUGGUUGCCAUAGCAUGGAUAUCAACCAUUGCCAACGAAGUAGUUGGAGUUCUCAAGGCGUUCGGAGUUGUUACUGGCAUGUCGGACGCCAUCCUCGGGCUGACCAUUUUUGCUAUGGGCAACUCCGUGGGUGAUUGGGUCGCGGAUGUCACAGUUGCGAAAUUAGGCUUCCCUGUCAUGGCAUUAUCGGCAUGCUUUGGUGGUCCAAUGUUGAACAUCUUAUUAGGCAUUGGUCUUGGAGGCAUGUACAUGACCAUCCACAGUGCCAGCCAUAGGCAUACCAAACAUCCUCACAAGCCGAUCCAUUAUAAGCCUUACGAGUUGGAAGUCAGCACCACGUUGAUAAUUUCUGGGAUCACAUUGUUGAUAUCUCUCAUUGGGCUUCUGAUCUUCGUACCACUCAACGGAUGGAGGAUGGACAGAAAAAUUGGCGUUGGCUUGAUCGCAGUUUGGCUUAUCUCAACCACGGCAAAUGUGAUAGUCGAAAUACUAUGA